AUGAUGGAUCGUCGCUCUCGUAACCAAGAUCUCGACAUUCCUCUCCAUCGAUUUUAUCCUGCCAUCUCUCCACCUAUCGCUUGUUUAUGGGCUCCUUUGAUUAACGUUACUCGUCCUACUGAACCUCCUUUGACCAACUUACCACCACCUUUUCCCAUGCAGGACCCCGACUUUCUUCGUACUAUCUAUGAGCCUCGUCUUAGAGAAUAUGUACCCCCGAUUCAAUUAUUCGAGGUCUCUGAAUCAUCUGAAGUCGAAGUAUCGAGGCCCUUUGUUCUAUUCGACCUCUCAGACACUACCUCUUCACCAUCUCAAUUUUGUGCGGUGAAUGUAGAUGAAAACAUUUUGGGCUUUGUUCUCUUCACCAUCUCAAUUUUGUGCGGUGAAUGUAGAUGA